AUGGCUGAAGGCUCACAUUUGUACACGAAUGUCCCAACUUUUAUGAACCACAGCACGAAGAAUGAUAUAUUUGUUGAUGAAAUAACAAUGGAGGACGAAACAAAUGCGUAUGAGGAAGAUAUGGAUACCACGGAAAUGCGGAGAAAACGAAAUUGGGAGGCUGAUAAUGGCGAGGAGUGGACACAAGUUAAUAGAACUGCGAAGAAAAAAGUUAGGAUAACUGAAAAUCCACAGGAAGAUUUAAUCCUUAUUUGUGUUACGGAAUCGAAUGCUGAAAUUUUUUUAGCAUGUAAAGCAUUUUCUGAAUUGGAAUGGAGAUGCCAGAAGACCUGGGAAGUAGGUCUUUCAUAUGGCAUAGUAAAGAAUAUUGAGAAUGAACUUACCGAGGAAGAGAUUUUUAAGAACAUUAAGUGUGACAUUGAAAUAGUCUCAGUGAAACGUCUCAACCGUCGAGAUGGGGAUAUUUGGGUGCCGAGCGAUACUGUGAAGGUUGGGUUUAAGGGCCCCAGUUUACCGAGAUAUGUUUACCUACUAGAUUUAAGAAUUAAAGUUGAGAAAUACAUAUUUCCCGUCACUCAAUGUUCUCGAUGUUGGCGAUUUGGGCACUUAAAUAAAUUUUGCCCGUCUAACAAAAUAGUAUGCCCGAAAUGUACCAAGAACCAUGCUAAUUGUGAGACAACUUCAUAUCUGUGUUCCAACUGCUCCGGUACUCAUAUGGCAUUGGAUAAAGAUUGCAGUGUUUAUAAAAAGGAAAAGAAGAUACGAGAAAUUAUGUCAGAAUUUAACUGCUCAUACAGAAAAGCAAUGAGUAUGUUCGUCCCAUCUUCUCCUCCCCCUUUAGAAAGCUAUAACGAAUCACUUACAAAACAACGUGUAUACGCUCCUGUAAAUGAACCAGACGCAUUCUCGUAUUAUGAUGAUAAUAUUCAUCAAGAACAGGAACCUUGCAAGGCGAAUGCAGAAUCAAGUACAAAACAGAAAAAAAAGAAAAAGAAAAAGCGUGUUCUGAUAGCUGAAAAUGUACAUGCAGAUAUAGAAUGUUCAUCAGACUCUGAAGGUAUUGAAGAAAAAGAAGGCAAGGAAGGAGAAGAAGAGAAUCGGAGACAGGAGUUUAAAUCACUCGAUAGGGAUGACAGUUAUGGUGGAGUUGCUAUUUUAACACACAAACCAAUUUGCGCGCACAGACAAUCAGUAACAGGGGUGAAUAGUGGAAUGGAAGUUAUUGGCAUUAAAUUGGACGGAAAAUGUCCAUUGUGGCAAAAAUUCGUGCCUGGUUUCCCGAAGCUACGACCACCCGAAAAACCCCCAGACAGUUAA